AAUGCACAGCAUCUCCUUGAAGCCAUGGAUUCAGGAGUUAUGUACUGUGAGGGAUGGCACUGCCAUGCUCAGCCACCACUUGUCUCUCUCCACCUGUGCAUUACCUGAUUUGCCAGCUGGGAUUUGAGAAGACAGAGAGAUGUGAUAUUGGUAAUAUUUUGUCUGCAAAUGGUGAAGUGUGUUGGGAAGCUGUCACUGAGCACCUCUGCUACCUGGAAUCAGAUCAAAGUGUGGAUUAUGCCACAAGCAUUCACUCCUUGGGACCUGUGUGUGAAUCUGUCCAUCUGCACUUCAGAUCCCUGAGUAAGGAGCAGUUUCUGGGUCAGAACGAGGUGUGGUUCCAGUGGACAAACUGCACAGAGUUAUUUCUUGAAGUAUUUGAUGUUCUACAAUCUUCACAAGGCACAGAAGUUGCUCUUGGCUUGAUGAAACUGACAUCGUGCUUGGAGAGAGCCUUGGGGGAUGUAUAUUUACUGAUUGGUAAAGAUUGCCCUUUCCUUCUGAGGGACUUGCUUGCUUCUGAGCAGCUUGCAGUUGUCUUUGGCCAAGCUGUAAUGAAUGUCCUGAGGGUAUUCAUUGGAUCUCCCUGUGGUCUGAACCUUCGUAAUGUUUUGUGGCAUGGGUUUGCAUCCCCUCAAGAAAUUCCUGCCAAAUACUGUGCUAUGCUGCUUUUUUUAACUGCAGGACUGGGUCAGUUGUUACAGAAACACCUUCUGCAAACUGAAUGCAUUUUAGUACAUCGACCUUACGUGGUCUUUGGUAGCUUAGAGGACCUGGAUGGAUUUCCAGAUCUUAAUCAUGAAACACUUUCCAUAGCAGAGGAGCUGGUAAAACUUUCCAGUUUUGUAUUAAAAACAAUGCUGCCAUUUUGGAUGGCUGCUUUAACAGCUUUCAAGCAAAACAGGUAUGCUGACUGUGUGAUUCUCUUACUUCCUCAGCUGGAAGCUGGACUGAGGUUGCUCUUCACUACAAGUAAUAAAUGUCCAAAUCGACUCCUAACAGCUGAGCCUUCUGCUCUCUACACCACUUUUGAUGAGAUGCUAGCAAAGCAUUUGGACAAUGAAGAAAUCAACCAGCUUCCUGCAGUUCUUGAGGAACCUGCCAUGGAAUUUCUUUGGGAUAUCUUGAACCACCAGGAGGGUCCACGUGUAAGAGAUCGUUUGAGCCACGGAGAGAUCAAUCUGAAAGCAUUUCCCAGAGAAGUAGCUAAUCAGAUAGUUGCAUUUGCAAUUACUCUGCUCUGCAGGUUCUCAGAUGAGGACAUGGUUGCUUUUAAGGAGCAUGUGGCCAUAAAAGCUCUGAUGAACUCUGCAAGUUGCUACCACUCUCGGUUUCAUCCAAUCUCCAGACUCAAGAAACAGGUGCUGGAAUGCAUGAAGAGCAUUCACUUGUGGCCUGAAUUGCCAAGAGUACCUGAGGAGGACUUUCAAACAAUGAAAGGGUUGCAAGGAAAUGCUGAAGCUAGUGCUUUACUUUUGAUUAUAUCUGGAAUUAUAUCUCAGUUGCAGCAAUAUAUGCCCCAGAACUGCUAUGGUUCAGAUGAUCCAGUCAGUAGUGUCCUAACAGAGAGGCUGCUGGCUGAACUUUGUGAUACGGCUCUUUGCACACUUUAUUCUCCUCGACCUGUGCUGGAAAUUUUGGUGAUACUCCGUAAAAUAAGCACACAGUGCCAUCAAGUGUCCAAACAAGUUACUGCCAGCACCGAGCUGAGAUACACCCAGUGGAUCAACAAAACUCUGCGUUCUCGGCAGAGGCAGAACUACCUGAGGAUGUUGAAGAGCAUGAAGUUUUUGUCUCCAAUGUUACGUCUCAUCUUAGUGUUAAUUACUUUGGAACUAAUCAACAUCCAUCUGGUUUCUCAGAAGGAUCCUUUUGAUUACCAGCAGUAUCUAAAGUUUUUGAAGUCAAUCUUGCAGUAUGCUGAGAACUUGGUGACAUACACAAGCCCUGAGAAAAACAAGUGGGAUGAAACUAUGGAGCUUACAAACAAAGUUUUGAUGAAAAUCAGGAAAAUCAGUGAAAGAAAGCUACUGUUAAUGACACUGGCUACAUAAAUGAAGUGGGAUUAAGAUUAUUUGGACACUUAUAUCUUAAAGAGUUCGGGAGUUCUCAAAUAGGACAAGUCAAAUUCAAAGAAAAGCUUUGUUGCUGUCAAA